GGACGGCACUCGGUCCCGGUGCGGCCUCGGCGCGAGGAACGGCCGCGAGGAGCGGCGCGGAGUCGCGACAGGCGCGCGGCGUAUCGGGAGCUGGGAGGAAACGCGACACCUGCGGCUGUCGCCCGCACCGCGCGGCACGGCUGAGCGCGCGGAAGCCGAGCGGGGCCGGGGCGGCACGAGGCUGGGGCGAAACGCGCCGUCCUGUGAGGGAGCGGCCGGAGCAGCGGGUGCCGGGCUGCGCUGCCGCUCCUCCGACGGCCCGCCCUCCUGUGUGCCGGUCUUUAUUCGGGCGCUUGGCUCUGGGGGCUGUCAUCCGUUUUGGCGGCUGGAGCCCGAUCUUUGAUCUGAUCCGUCAGUGGUUGCUGACGACGCGUCGUCACCGUGGGUCUUUUUUUUCUGCAUAUAGUGUAGAUUGGAUGCGUACCCUUCUAACGCGGUGUUUUUAUUUCAAGAAAGCCUUUAACGCGGGGACGCGUCGGCCCCUGGGGGCGUGGAAGUGAUGGAGUGAGGGCAGGUGCCGGCAUGGCACGUGUGCACGGUCACUGUGUAGUGAACGGCCUUUUGGAACGAGCAGAGGGCUGGUUGUUGCAUAACAGUGUGCUUCAGAGUGAAUUCUCUCUGGAACCAUCAGUCACUGAUGAAGAUACAGUGUGUUUUGAAGCGCCCUUCGUCGUUCAACUAAUACUUGCCAAGAGACAGAAAGGGUUGUAUGUUUUUAAAACUUUCAAGCUACCUGGUGUAACAUCUUUAUAAUGCCAGCACGAACUUAAUUAUGCCUGGAUUGCCAUUGUUGCUCAGUGCUGAAACAUCCUGUCAGGUCCUCUGCGCCCAGUCUUCCUGGUUUCUUUGUCUGCCCAAUGUGCUAUGGGACACGAUGGGAAACAGCCUCAAGGAAUAGGCUCACCUAGUGUCUACCACGCUGUGAUAGUGAUAUUCUUGGAGUUUUUUGCUUGGGGACUCCUGACAGCACCCACUCUGGUGGUUUUGCAUGAAACCUUCCCAAAACACACAUUUCUAAUGAAUGGUCUAAUUCAAGGAGUAAAGGGCUUAUUAUCAUUCCUCAGUGCCCCACUCAUAGGUGCCCUGUCUGACGUGUGGGGACGAAAGUCCUUCCUGCUGCUAACAGUGUUUUUCACCUGUGCACCAAUACCACUAAUGAAGAUCAGCCCAUGGUGGUACUUCGCUGUUAUAUCUGUCUCUGGAGUUUUUGCUGUGACGUUUUCUGUGGUUUUUGCGUAUGUAGCAGACAUAACCCAAGAACAUGAAAGAAGCAUGGCCUAUGGUUUGGUUUCAGCAACCUUUGCAGCAAGCUUAGUUACCAGCCCUGCUAUCGGUGCCUACCUUGGUCGGGUCUAUGGAGACAGCUUGGUUGUGGUCCUGGCUACGGCAAUAGCCUUGUUAGACAUUUGCUUUAUUCUUGUUGCUGUACCAGAAUCGCUGCCGGAGAAGAUGAGGCCGGCGUCCUGGGGAGCGCCCAUUUCCUGGGAACAGGCUGACCCUUUUGCAUCCUUGAAGAAGGUUGGCCAGGACUCAAUAGUGCUGCUAAUCUGCAUCACAGUCUUUCUUUCCUACCUCCCAGAGGCAGGUCAAUAUUCCAGCUUCUUCCUAUACCUCAGACAGAUAAUGGGAUUUUCAUCUGAAAGUGUUGCAGCAUUUAUAGCAGUCCUUGGAAUUCUUUCCAUUAUUGCACAGACAAUAGUUUUGAGUUUACUUAUGCGGUCCAUUGGAAAUAAAAACACCAUCCUACUGGGUCUAGGAUUUCAAAUACUGCAGCUUGCGUGGUACGGCUUUGGAUCUGAACCUUGGAUGAUGUGGGCAGCAGGAGCUGUUGCAGCCAUGUCCAGUAUUACUUUCCCAGCUGUAAGUGCACUGGUGUCACGAACUGCUGAUGCUGACCAACAGGGUGUUGUUCAAGGGAUGAUAACAGGAAUUAGAGGCUUAUGUAAUGGUUUGGGACCUGCGCUUUAUGGCUUCAUAUUCUACAUAUUUCACGUUGAACUGAAUGAACUCCCUAUGCCUGAAUCACCAUCAGGAGGUACUGUCGUCACACAAUACCAGUUACAACAGAACUCUAUAAUUCCUGGACCCCCAUUCUUAUUUGGGGCAUGCUCUGUGCUGCUGGCACUGCUUGUUGCCUUGUUUAUUCCUGAACACACCAACCUAACUGUACGAUCCAGCAACUGGAAGAAACACUGUGGCAGUCACGGCCAUCCCCACAGUCCACAAGCUCCUGGUGAAGCUAAAGAACCAUUACUGCAAGACACAAAUGUAUGACAAAAAAAAUCUAGGAAGACUUUUUAGACAUUUUUCAUCAGCAGUUUGGGAUACACAUUCCACUUCCAUCAAAAAGAACUUCUUAAGGUAAUCUUCAGAAUUAUCUUUCUGCAUGAAAUUUAUAGGAAUUAAAAAAAAAAAACAAAAACUUCCAAAGAUGUUGCCAUUACAUUAAUAAUAUGCUUUUUCUUUCUUAAAAGUUAAGUACUUAUCUCUUGCCAUGAAAUACUGUUACUAUUAAACUUUACAUUCUAGUUCAGAGACAAAAGAAUAUAGUCAAGAUAUGAGCAUGUGUCCUUCUGUUUCCUUAAGGUGGUGAGCUUUAAUUCUACUCAUGCUAAGUCUCAAUGAGACAUACUAGCAUCCGUGUGGACCCAUUCAUUUUAAUGUUGUAAAAUCUUGGGUCAGAUGAUUCAAAGCCUUAAUGUAAAUGUACUCAAGUAGGGAAAAGGUGAACUGGUAUCAUUUAUUUUAAAAAAGUCAUAUGGUGGAUUUGUUGUUUUUUUGUUUUUUUUUUUUAAAGUUUGUACUAAUAUAAAAACUACAAGCACGCUUGCUGAACAGUGAAAGUUAUUUUUAUGUAAGUGCAUUUACUCUAUUUUUGAACAAAUGGUAGUAUCAAACAUUUGUUUAAAUAUUAGGUGGGUGUUUUGAGCCUACAGAUUUUAAUAUGGGCUCUAAAACUCUGCUUUCAUAAAUACUGUUUAUUAUACCACUAUAUUUCUGAUGUUUGCGUAAUCAUACAAGGACCUCAAAACUUGAAUACAGACUGAACUAUAAGCUGAUAGCCUUGAAUAUGUCAGUGUGCUAUAUAUAGUGGCCUUUGAGGACUGUCACAGUAACCCUUUUACAUUACAGAGCUAAUGUUUUAGUCCUAAAUUUUCAGGACCCCUUAGUACAGAAGAAAGCUUUAUACAAUGACAGAUGUGAAUUUCUCUAAAAGUGUAUAUUUUUGUGUCCAGUUGUAUUAUUUAAGUGUUCCUUUGUAUAAAUUUGUGUAUAAAGUAUUGUAUAGGUUUAAAACAUUUUCAUCUUGUGGUUAUUGCUUAAUGCUUUUUUACCUUUGAACAUUCACCAUGGUUGACCAAGAGCAGGAAAAAAUAUGUAAAUAUACUGUUAAUAAAGCUGAAUAUUUUAAUGAAUUUUUAAAUAAUAGUCAUGUCAUUUGCAACCUUAAAGUCAUAUACUAUAUUUCUUAUACUGCAGUAGGUCUGAGAAAAGCCUGGAGUACUUUUAUUUGUUAGCUAAGGCUGCCUUCAGCAUACAGGUAUUUUCCGUUCUGUUCAGCAGCACCAUUUAUCUGCAGCUCUCAGUUCCUUAAUAUUCUUAUGGAUAUGAACUACAUAAGUGAUAGUUGCUUAUGGAGGCAGUUCACAUUCAGUGUACUGCAAUUCUGCCUUUCCUGUUCUGAAAUUUGUUCAUCUUUUCACAUCCUUUUAAGUUUUCUUAUACCCACUAACGCUGACCUAGAAAAAGCAGUGCAAGCACACAACUUAGAAAUGGGUGGCUGCCAAACGGGAACCCUACGUGCAGCACAGCGCUGGGCCGGUACUGCAGCAGUGCGUGGGGAGCAAAGGAGCUGGGAGGAAAGUCCAGAGAAAGGUGAGUAAAACAUCACCAUUCUGGCAUUUACCUCAUCUUGGUACGUCCCAGUACCAGACAUGGUAACUGAAUACUCUUAAAGCAUUACUUUUCAGAGUUUUUGAUAAACGUUUAAUAUUUCUAGAGAAGCUUGUACAUUUCAAAACAAACAGAUACAAGUAAACACGGUGCUGAUUAUAAACAAAUAUACACAUUUUGCACUGCAAAACAAACCACUUAAAUAUACAGUCCUCAGCUGCAGUUAAAUAUCUAAGGUAUGAAGUAUCUUUAAAAACAGAAGUACGUAGACAGUCUCUGCAAUAAAAGUGUAUUUUGGAUGUUCCAAGUACGUGCCUGCCAUAUUUAAGAAUGAAAUAUAGUUACAUGAUUCCAGCAUUUGAGCCUAGAUAGAACAUGCUGAAUAGGUUUAGUCCAUUGCAAUUUGAAUGUCAGAAUAUUUUAAGUAGGUUUCUGUGCAGUAUUAUGUUUGUAAAGUAGGAUUAGUAAAUACAAGUCGGCUUUAGUUCAUCUGUUACAAUGUUCAGAUACAUAGUUUUAUAGUAUUUAAUGCUAAUUGGUUGUUAGGAAUGUAGUACUGGCAGAUGGGUAAGAAGUUACGGCAGCCCAAGGUGACGUCUUUAAACCUUAGUUUUCACCGAAGGUAUAAAUGGUUUAGGAUCUUCCAUUAUAUUCUUUAUAAAUUUAUAUGCAAUUCAAAUUAGUAAGGUUUCCAAAUUAAAACUGCUAGAGAGGAAGGGGUCAUGUUAACUCACAAGCUUGACUGUUAUUAAAAUAAACAGCCCAGAAAGUGCUGGAAAAUUAUCUGCAACAUCCUUUCUUUGAAGGACCUAGAGGAAAGUGUUAUAAGGAAUCAUGUUUCCUAUCAGGGAAUACCAGAGAAUACACUUCGUUAGAGAGUCACACUUGUUAAAUACUAUAGCAAAAAAAGUGAGUGCCAAUUACUUGGGUUUUUUGGAAGACUACAGGCCAGGAAAAAAUGCAGCACUUAAUUCAGUGACUGAAGUACAGUGGUUGAGGCUGCUUAAAGCACUGUCUUUUCUGAAUCAGCUGAAAAGGC